AUGCCGACCAUCACCUCGAACUACAUCCUCCCCGCCAUUUUCCUCAACCCCGCCGUCAUCCUCCACCUCAUCAACACCUUCCUCUCACAUAUCAUCCCUCCUCCACCUUCCAUAUCGCACUCCCCUCACCCGUUCUUUGAGAGCCUCGGGCCCCUCCGCAACGCCGCCGUACAACUCGACAUGCACGCCGACGACCAGCUGUGCUGGAGCUAUACAGCCCUCAUGGUCCUGGUGCAGAUCCUGGCCUUUGGCCGCGUCAACGACAACAGGGUUCGGAGGAACGUUGCCAAGGCCGCGAUCCUGGAGCGCGAGAGGAUCAGGAAGGAGAAGACGGACGAGGACCGGAAAACCGCGGCGCUGAAGGGGCCCGGACUCGCGAGUGGGGGCCUGGAUGGCACUUGCGACGUCUCUACCGAGCCCAAACCCAAGGUCAACGGUGCGGCGGAGGCUGGCGCGAAGCGAGAAGCGCCGACGGCGCAACACCGGAAAUCAGACUCUGAAAGCGGAACAUCAGGCGGUAACCUGUCUGAGACGAGUGAGGAGGAGCAGAUCCACUAG